AUUUCUCUCGAGGCACAAGCAUUCUCUUCUCACUUUGGAGUUCGUGCCCAAUCUGUAGCUCAAAAGACUAAAAGCAAGAAUAUCACAAAGUACGUAACUCUAGAAUACAUUUUGUUUUGUUAUUGUCAGAGAAAUGGGGCAGAAACAUAAGAUCAAGGUCGUUGUUUGAUCGAGUUUCGCCUUAGCCUGUUUGACCCUCUAUAGCCAGCUAGUAAGGGCACCCAACGUCAAUUUUUGGAAAAUAUCUGUUCGGAAGACGAUUUGAGAUUGAGAUCUAGAAUUUUCGGGACAUUUGUUGUAAAAUUUCUUGCUUGCCUGCCUCUCCUAGGAUUUUCGAACAUCUAAAAAAUGGUAUCUUGCCCAUUUUUAACGGAUUUUUACCCUAAAAAGGUCAACUAGAAUUUUCGGGAGCCUUUUUUCUGGCUGAAAUUUUCGAAAAAGUAAGUUUGAUCCCUAUAAUUUUCGGAUCACUAGACUUUCAGCCAGGAAAUCCGAACAGAUGUUUCAGUUAUUAGGAACGGUAAGCAGCGAACUCAAAAUCCUUUAAAAUCGCUCAAAAAACCGCUUUUGAGGCAAAAGGACGAUAAUAUACCACAGGUAAGGUAAUUCAACGUUUAUUUAAUUUUGAUUUAUAGAAUUAUUUAGCGAUAUAUCGUUAUAGCUGAAGCAAACGGUAAAUCCAGUACAUUUACCAUAAAAUAACCAUCGGCUGAAUCGGUUACACACACAAUGUUCCCUGUGCUUGAAUUUUAUGCUUGAGAAAAACUGUGGUAAAAAGAAAUUUCGGUCAACCGCGCCGUAAGAGGGGCAUUUUACUGUCAGUGUUAUCGAGCAAAAUUUUUCUUCUCUUAAUAUCGCCUAACUUUUACGUUGGCACAGGUCUGUAGGAGUUUGAUCCCUUAAAAAAUGCUUGCACCAAAUGUGAAGACAGCUGUCGUCAUCCUGGUAAUGAUUGUGCCGUUUGUGUGUGCGUAUGUCGAUAAAGCAGGUACUGAAUAAAUAUUGCUGCGAAAUCAAAUUAAUUUAAGUGAUCAUUUGAUUUUCAAAACAUUUUCGGGACUAAGGUUGAAGGGGAUAUGUCAUGGCGAGUUCCAGGCUUUGCAAAAUUCAUAACCUGGGCUGGGUUGUUCAAAGCUGGGGAAAUUUGAAUCAGAUAUGAAAGGUUAAAAGGCAAAUUCAGUUUUAAUUUUUUUUGUCUACAAUUUGAUGAUUGGAAUUAGAUGCCUAAAAGUAAUGGAGAGAAUUACCCGAUAAAUCGACUUAAAAAUCUACCGGAUUAAACUUUAACCCCAGGCAAUUGACCUUCGAAGAACCUGAGGUAUUGUUAGCAAUCUUUUGUCAUACUUGGAACUCUAGAAGAAAAAUAUCAAAUUUUUCUUGCAAAGAAAGAACAGAGCGUGAUCGGGUUUUGGUCAUUUGUAGACAACACCUUGGCCAAAUUCCUUCAAUUUUUUCAAUUCUUUUCAAGUUCAAACAUGGAUGUCAUGUACUUUUUUAAGAGCAUCUGAAAGAAAAAAAAAAAUCUGUUCAUAUUCUAAAACUGUGACGAGAAAUUCAUUGGCCAAACGUUUGAAGAAAGUCAAGGAGGUGAGGUUGUUAAUAACUUGACCGAAAGAUACAAGUAAAUACGAGCGCAAAAAGUCGACCUUUCGUCGUCAUCAUAACGCCAUUAUCAAGACUAUCUAAGUAAAAUUUUUUGCGUAUAAAUGUAUCAGUAUAGGAAAAUUACUGAAUUCAGUUUUCGUGGGAUGUGACGAAUUAUGCAGAUCUCGGAGGCUGUAUUAUCUACCUCUGCCGAUAACAUCCUCCUCGAUCCAGUUAACCUACAUAAUUCAUCAAGUCAUACUCAAUCUCAUUCAUAAAACAUAAUUGUUAAAUAAUCUUAAAAACCCUUUGAGACGGAAAACUAUACAAUUUUCACCUCUAAGGGACACGGCGAGUAACAUGCUGAUCAUUUUAUAUGCCCCCCUCCUACACGUCAACCGGAAGUGGACUUUGGGUAAAGGAUUUGCUAAUUUCUUUAGUAAAUCGUCUCUUAGAGCAAAGACACCUAGGAAAACAAAUGUGUUCGCGUCAAGGCAUUUUUUAAGGGAAAAGAUCUCAUUUCCGGAUGACCUGCGUCGCUCAAAGACGUCUAUUAUGAGUUUUCGAUCAAGUUCUGUACUGGCAUUUGUACAUUUCAUCUCACAAUAAACUGUCUUUUUUUCCCGAAAGGCAGCAACGCAGGUUUUAUUCGUUGCCGUGACGGAAGACGUUGCGAAGACCGUAAAACAUGCUGUUAUUAUGCACGUCUCCGAAGAUACGCCUGCUGUAAUAGCCCAUUUGCUAAUUGUUGUCAUGGCAGCAUGGACGGAAAGUGUUGUCCAUAUUUUUACAGGUAAGUUUGCUUAAACUAUACAAUACUAUGCGGAGAAACUACUUAGCUCCUGGUGGGGAGGGGGUGGUUCUACCCGAAAUGGGUUCCUUUUUUAGGCCUCACGUAUAUGACAUUGUAUCGCCCCAUGUAAAGGAAUCCAGGGCAGUCUUGGAUUCUGGAUUCCAAUCGUUAGUGGGAUUCCGGAUUCCAUAAGUAAAAUUUUCCCGGAUUCUGGAAUCCGAAUUCUCUUAAAUGGGGCGAAAUGGUACGGUUUUUACCAGCGAAAGUAUAUAAAAGGGUAGGGAAAUCCGUACUUUUCACUCUGUAAAAAGGCCCAAAAGGGCAGACAUAUGCAUUUUAUGGCUGUGAAAAAGUCGUGAAAACGUCCUGGUUUUGUGAGUUAUUCAUGCCAGCAUGUGAAAGAGAUACUAUUUGUCAAAGGAAGGUAUAUCGUAUAUAACACGAAAGGGGUACCUUUUCUGCAAAAAAGUGGUAAUUGUGUCAAAUGCAGGUGAAUUUUCUUCGAGUUAAAUUCUUGGGGACCGCACUCAAUUUGAGAAAGGAAAAAAAAAAAUAGUCGCUGUGUCUUAACGUCCUGCAUAAACGCCGCAUAAGGAAAUUUCACGCCGGGCUUGUGCAGCCAAGAAACCAAGGAAAUAAAAUGUACCAAAAAGUGUGCUGCACGUGCAAAAUUGUUGUUUUGCUUUUGUUGACGUUCUCGUCUUUGCCAUCACUGUCUUUGUUGCUCAAGCUCUCCACAUGAACGCCAUAUCAAUUGCACGCCUUUCUUUUUUCAAGGAUCAUUUUCGGUUAUAGCAAAAAUUACGUACUCACUGUCAAGAGGGACGCCAGUGGGAGAGAAAGACCGCGUCUGAGCUCGGACAGAUGCAGUAAAAUUUAUCGUCUCGCCAUUCACGUUGUCUUUAGAACUUUAGUCAGAUAUUUUACGGCGUAGUUGCGGAGGGACCGCAUCGAAAUUGACAGAAUAGCGUGAUGCACGUGCAAAGUUUUUGUUUUGCUUUUUGCCGUUCUCGUUGCGGUCGCCGUUGCCGUUGCUUUAACUCCCUGUUGUUGUGAUCCGGAAAUUUAGCUACCAUGGUAACAUGACGUAACACUUCUCAUCCCUAUUGGUUAAUGACCGCAGGUCUGGGAACGAGAACGGGGGAGACUGAAUCAGAGCAUGCGCCAGUCUUAUUCAGCAACUCUCUGGCUUUCUUCGCUUGCUCUACUUGACUCGGCUAAGAGGCUGACCCUCUCUUCCGGGACAACUAUUCUCCUUAUAAACGGGCCUAAAUCUUUCCUAAUCCCCCGUUAAUAUUGCUAUUCUUUCUUUGCUUUGGAGGUGUGACCAAGCGACAAGAAAGUGCGUUCAGCCGCGUUUUCCAAGUUUAAAUAACAGGAAGUCAAUCCACUUGGAUGCAACUGAAAUUCGUGGUUGUGAGAGAGAAUUACUCCCAGAUCAGCGUCUCGACUUCGAAUAAGAGAAUCUCUUCAAAACGGAAGAUACAUUUUUUGGCAAGUUUUCUUCAGUUGUAAUGAAGCUUCAGUGACUGAUAGUUCGCACGAGUAACAAUAGUCGAUCGCGUGCACAUUUUUUCCGACGACCUUUCUUGAAACAGCUGUAUACAAGUACUUCAGGUUGUCUGCAGUUGCAUGAUAUGUAAUCACACGGCUUUAGAAUAAAAUCCAUUAAAAGGGGUAUUCCUUCCCAGG